AUGGCUCCCUUCCUCACGCUCGCCUACGUCUACGAGAAGACCGGCAACCCCAUCCAUCUCCCGUGGCUUGAGGCGUGGGCAGAAUGGGCCAUGUACCAACUCCCGCGGACGCGGUACGGGGGCAUGCAGCACAUGACCUAUAUGGAGGAAAAUCGGCAGCAGCUGUGGGAUGACACCCUCAUGAUGACAGCUCUCCCCCUAGCGAAGGUUGGAGAACUCCUAAACCGGCCCGAGUAUAUCGAGGAGGCGAAGAGACGGUUCCUCAUCCAUAUAAAGUAUCUGCUCGAUACGAAGUCUGGCCUCUGGUUCCACGGAUGGACGUUUGAGGACGGGGGUCAUAACUUUGCACGUGCCUUGUGGGCCCGCGGGAACGGCUGGGUCACCAUCGUGAUUCCCGAAAUUCUCGAGCUUCCCAAUCUCCCCGUAAGCGAUCCGAUCAGGAUUCACUUGAUCGAUACGCUCGAGGCGCAGUGCGAGGCCCUGGGGAAGCUCCAAUCAUCGUCGGGAGCCUGGCAUACCCUGCUCGAUGAUGAAGACUCGUAUGUUGAAGCAUCGGCCACGGCUGGAUUCGUCUCUGGAAUCCUCAAGGCUUUUCGGAAGCGCUACAUCGACCCGCAGUAUGCCUAUGUCGCCGAGAAGGCCAUCGCUUCGGUGCUGGAGCAUACGACAAGGGCGAGCUUCAAAACACGAGCCCCGGAACACCUAUGGGCCCACAGCUUGGACUUCUACAAGACUAUUCCUCUGACAUCGAUGCCCUAUGGCCAGGCCAUGGCCAUCAUGGCUCUCGGGGAGUAUCUGCGAACUUACUUGUAG